ACAGAGACGAGUAAAACACGGAGAUUGAAGAAAUAGUGAAAUGGUAUGUCCCAUACAAAGCUAAUGUAUCGUGUGUGGUAAUAGUGUGCAAUCGAUCUUGACAUUACUACUCCACCUUAAUUAUUCGUUUUAAAAACAAUGUUUCGGAGUAAAAAGGACGUGGAUCGUCAUGUCCAAGAUCUUUUACGAAAAAUCAAGAGUGAAAAUGAGAGAAAUUUGCGUUGUUACCACAUUGCCCAACAGUACUACAAAGUGCAAGAUUAUGAAUCAGCAAAGAACUACAUCUCGCUAUAUCUCUCAGUGAAGGAAGAUUCUCCUUUAGCCCACAAACUUCAUGGCCAGAUAUGGGAAGGUCUUGGAGAUAAAGUUCGUGCACUAAACGCUUACAAGACUUCGCUUGAAUAUGAAGCCAACCAGCCAGAACUUGUUAAAAAAAUGUGUGAGCUACUCUGUGAGCCAGAGGUUGUGAUGGAGUGUGACAGAGCGCGUUACUGGUGUGAACGUGGAGCGGACUUGUUCCCAUAUGAUCCAUCAGUCUUCCGACUAAAGGAAAAGUUGCUCAAACUUGGUGGCAAAGUUAACAAUCGUGAUUUUGAAGACCUAAUUAACUCUGAAAUGAAGGCAAGACCAAGUGAUGUUAGUGUGCGUACAAGACUCAUGCGCCUUUACCUCGAGACUGGUCGGACAAGAGCAGCGUUUGAUCAUGCUGUAGAAUUGGAAGCCAGUCAGUUAUUUCGUAAAGAACUAACGUGGUAUGAAUGCUUCGCACAAGUUUGUCAGGCAUUUGCGGAUGAGUUUCCAAGCCAAGUCAACUGGCAGAUGUACUACACUUGGUUGUCAGUUUUGGAUAAGGUUGCCAGCUUCUCACUAUCUGAACUCUCCAUCCAGAAAAAACUUGUUGAUUGUGUUCAAGCUAUUUUCAGAAUGGAUCAGGUGCUAUUCAAGGCUGCCAGUGCUGUUGCUCAAAAAGACUAUGCUGAGCUGUACAAUCAGUUCAUAAGGCACAUGACGGCCCAGCUCUGUCUGCACAUUGCUACUCUAAUCUGGAAACGAGCCAAGAGGGAACCUAGCACCUGGGUUGAAGCUAAACGUGGCGUAUCUAUUGUGUUGUUCCUGGCACUCUACCCACCCCCAGACACUGAGGCCCACUGGUGUCUGGCCUUAAAGCCCAACUGGAAAAAGUCUGUCUUACAAUGGGCUAAUGACGCUUACUACAGGGUCAGCCAGGCAGGUUAUUGUCUGCUUGCACUUUCAAAGGAUGUUGGAGACAAUUUCACACUACAAGUUGUUAAUGCUGCUUCUAACAACUGGAGAGAAAGAACAUUCCAGAGAAUAUUCAUGGUGUUGGAGCAUAGAACAGCAAUUGGCACAUCUCACUUUGUACACAGUGAAUAUCUCGCUAAAGUAUCCGCAAGGCUGCCCACUCAUGACACAGGCAUUCUUCGAACACGCCAACUUGUGCCUGUGUACGAGAAGGUUAGGGAAACUUUACAUCACCUGGUGUGGCUGGGACUGGAGAACAUAAAACACAAUGACAAGAAGUUGCCACCUGACUUCCACACGUACAGCUUCACUCAACUGAAGAUGGCCAACCCUAAUCUGAGCAAUAUGUCCCCUGAGACACUUAGUGUUCUUGAUGUGGACGCAUUUCUCUACGCCACAGUGCUAUGUGCGGCAGCUGUGUUGGAACAAGAAAUGCUCAGUGAAUUUUACUCAAAUGAUCGACCCAAGUUGCUACCUGCAGAUAUUACCAGUCUUCUCUGCACUCAGGAACAGAUGAAUUGGUGGACAUCAGCUUGUCAAGUGAAUACACAGAUGUUCAGCAGUGGAACAGACUUGAUACAACUGAGGCAGCAGCUGAAGAGAGGUCUAGAAGUGAUCCGCAUGGAUGGCAAGCAUGGGCUAGACGUCCAGUUGAUUGUCAAGCUGGCCCGCACAUUUGAAGACAGGGCUGCAAUCUUGAAUGAAAAGAGUGAAGACUACAAUGCAUUAGUGAACCGAGCAUCCUUGUACUGGACUACAGCCAUUCCAUUGUUGGAGAGAGUAGAGAGAAACCAAGCAGUUCGUGUUUCAGAUUCCAAACUGUUUGAUUAUCCCAGGAAGGAACUGUCUACCGCAGAGGUGAGCAGUUUGCUGGAAGAGGGUCGCUAUUUUGUUGCCUGUCAACUAAUGAAGGCCAGCCAGCAUGAGAGAGCUAUCGAAGCUUUCAAACCACUCCGCAGUCCAUAUGCAUCGUUCAACCAAGCUUUGAUAUAUAAGAAGCUGGCAGCUGGUGAGUUGGAGGGAAAGCCCAAAGAAGAGAUAACAUCAGAGAUGCGAUCCAAACAUGUGAUUCUGUUAACAAAAGCAAGGGAGUGUUUGAACCUUACAAAGGAACGGAUACGUAUAGAACAUCGACAUCCCUUACACCAGACUCUGCAGGAGCACAUUUCCGAGGUGGAGACAGCUCUCAGUCGGAUUGAGCCUGAUCCUGAUAUGGACUAUAACAUACUUGGAACACCUGGAUCUCUUGACUUAUCUAUGCAACGGCUAGGAUUGUCUUAUCAAUCUGUUAACUUGAAUCGCAGUGAUGGAGAGGGCAACGUCUCUGGAGUGAGUGUUUCGUCGGUGGGCUCUCCAGGGGCUGGAGACAUGGGUCUACAACCCCAGCCCACUCCCCGGAUGAAUGGACGGCCUCAUAGAAACACCAGCACACCUCAUCGCCACUACUCGGAGAACCGACGCCAGAUUGGAAAUGGAGAACUUGUAGAUGUGGGCCAGCUUCUUCAAGUUCAGUCUUUACAUGAUGAAGUGAAAAAAGUACAUGAGAAAUUAGAAUUUGUCAUUGAAAAUAUCAAUGAGCUCAGAAGAGACAUCAGUCAAAUGAAAAACACAUUCAGUAAAGUUUCAGAUGACCUAUACAUUUUUGACGAAGCAGAAUAUCCUGAGGAUGUAUUAAACAAUCAAUAUCAACCAUCAUUUGUACCUUCGUACACUUCACAACCACAGCCAGCGCCUUCAUUUUAUCCACCACCUCCCAGAGGAGUGCAAGGCACCUCAACAGUGACUUACGGGGCUCCUGCCCCUGCACAACAACCUCCAGUUAUACCUCUAAUUCCAAUGAGAAUGCCUCUAGAUCCGAGUUUGGCAAGUUAUCAAUCUCCACAAAAUUUAGCAUUUUACAAUCAAGGAGCACUACCAUUUGCUGAACCUCAACACCUCCCCGAGUUUCUGAGGCCAAAUAUUGCUAAACCUCCCCAACAACCACUUCCACCACCAGUGAAUGUAGUAAUAACAACAUCAGACACAUUGCCCACAGGUCCACCACCAGUUCAGCCCACACUGAGUGUCACCAUUCCACCACAACAUAGGCUGGGUACCUUGCCCACAGCCACUCCUCCAGCAGUUGCUGUUACUUCUACCCCUCCUCAUAAGUUCCAGAUAGCGAUGCCUGCUACAGCCAACAUUCCCUCAUUGGAGAAAUCUCCUAUUGUCAUCCCAGAUGAAGUUGAUUCUGAUGAGGAAAAUGAAGUAGGGUACGACCCUUGUCCUGAUUUCAGACCUAUUAUACCAUUACCAAAGGAAGUGAAUGUUAUGACGGGUGAAGAAGAUGAUGAAAUUUUGUUUGAAAAUAGAGCAAAACUUUUCAGAUUCGUUGAAAAGGAGUGGAAAGAACGUGGAGUGGGAAUUGUGAAAAUUUUGAAAAAUAAAGUUACUGAAAAAGUGAGGUUACUUAUGAGACGUGACCAGGUACAUAAAGUAUGUGCUAAUCAUUUACUAAAAUCUGAUAUGGAACUAAGUAUGCUGAAAAAUUCUGAUCGUGCUUUGGUUUGGGUUGCAAAUGAUUUUGCUGAGGAAGUUGUUCAACUUGAAAAAUUCUGUAUUAAGUUCAAAACUCCAGAAGAAGCAACACAAUUUAGCAAUGUAUUUAACGAUUCUAAAAUAAAAUAUGGACAAAGCCCAACAAAACCUAAGAGUGAAACAGGCCCCAACAAAGAUGUAGAUAAUUCAAAUAUUGCUAACGAUUCAAAAAUACCAGAACAGUCAGGGAAAGUUACUGUGGGAGGAUUUACUUUCAUUUCACCACCAAAAUUAAAAGAUCCUGCUAUUGACAAAACCAAAUUUCAGAAUGAAGUUAAAAAAGAUGCACCAGCAACACCUAGUCCAUUUGCAGCCUUUUCAUUUACACCACAAAAAUCUGAUAUACCUUCAGCUAAAAUCAAUACAGCUUUGAAGCAGUCUGUGCUAACUCCACCACUGUUUUCUGGUCUAAGCAAUACUCAGAACAAAACCUCUUCAGUCAGUGAUACAAAGCAAGGAACUCCAUCUGAAUCCUCACCUAAGGCAGUUGUAAAAGAGCCAAAGCUACCAUCAUUUCAACCUUUUGCACAGGCCACUACUCCCAGUAAAGAUACUUCAUAUGUUGCAAAUACCCAGAAACCUAAUCAGAUUGAAUCAACUAAGCCAAUGUUUAGUUUUACAUCGCAAACCACACCUACAUCAUCAUUCAGUAGUAACAAAGAAACACCCAAGUCAAUAUUAAAAGAACCUCUUCAAAGUAUAUCCCAUGUUACGACGGCACAAAAUAAUGCCAAAUCAUCACCAUCAGCAAAGCACGUGCUGUUCCAAGACACUCCUGAAGUUUCUCCAAGUCAACAAACGCCAACUUUAACAGCCCUUCUGACAGGCUCUGAAACUCAAGUUAUUGAUUUUGCUGCUUUGUCAAAGAUCAAUGAGAACAAAACACAAUUUAGCAGUGAUAGUACAAAAAGUGGGUUUCAGGGAGCUGGGAGCCAAGUAUUUGGUAGUAAUAACAACAGAGAGAGAAAGGAGAGCGAAGGAGAAAAUGCUGAGGAAUUUGUGCCAUCAGCUGAAUUUAAGCCUGUUAUACCAUUGCCAGAAUUAGUGGAAGUGAAAACUGGUGAAGAGAGUGAAGAGGUACUUUUUAACGAAAGGGCAAAACUUAUGAGAUUUGAUGUUGGCAGUAAGGAGUGGAAGGAAAGGGGUAUUGGACAAAUGAAGAUAUUGAAAGAUCCAGGUACAGGAGUUACUAGAUUUUUGAUGAGAAGGGAGCAAGUACUAAAGGUUUGUUGCAACCAUCGCAUUAUCCAAAGCCUUGAACUGAAGGCCUCAUCAUCCUCACAGAAUGUUUGGACUUGGUAUGCUGUGGAUUAUUCUGAAGGUGAAACAAAGAAUGAGUUGUUUGCCAUUCGUUUCAAAACAGUAGAACUAGCAAAAAGUUUUAAAGAAACGGUGGACAAGGUACAAAAACAAUUAAGAGAAGAGAGCACGUCUAAAAGAAGUUGCCCUGACUCAAAUCCCCAAGAAGAAAUGGUGUCUCCAAGUAAUGUGUGGAAGUGUCAGUUUUGUUUGUUUCCCAAUGCAGCAGGAAGUCGCACUUGUAAAGCUUGUUCUAAGUCCAAAAGUGAUUCUAACAACUUGCCAAAAUUAUCAGAGCUGUUUAGACCAAAAACUGGUAGCUGGGAGUGUAAAGCUUGUUAUACAGUCAAUGGUGCCAAAGAAAACAAGUGUGUAUCAUGUGAUAGCCCAAAAGAGAAGCCAAAGUCUCCUGCCCCUGCAGCCACUCCAGAGAAUACAUCUACACCCAUUCCCUCUCUGGCAGAGAUGUUCAAACCUAAAGUAGGCUCAUGGGAAUGUGGAGGAUGUUUAGUUAGAAAUGAUGCAGAUAAAACUAUUUGUCCGGCUUGUUCAACACCAAAACCGGGUCACAAAGGUGAUGUUCAAGAAACUUCAAAAUCCACAGAUUCGUUUGGUUCAUCUUCAUUCACUUUUGGUGUCAAACCAGCAGAUAACAAAGCAACUGGUUUUAGUUUUGGAAUCAAGUCCAAUGAAGAAACACCUAAGAGCUCAUUCAUAUUUGGUGUGAAGCCAUCUGAAACAGCCCCUAAAACUUUUGAAACACCGAAAUCUUCGACACCCUUGUUUAAUAUGAAAAAGGAAACAAAUGUUCCACCUGGCCAAACCUCUAUUUCAAAUACCAAAGCAACCACUCCUUUUAUAUUUUCACCAAAAUCUGAGAUUACAUCAUCAUCCGCUGAUUCUACUACACCAACUUCUGUGUUUGAAACAAAACCACCAUCUACAAAUAUGUUCAAGUUUGGCAAUUUAUUUGGAGAUUCGUCUUCACCAGCUUCCAAGACUUCUUUUGUAUUUGGGGCUCCCACUCCUGAAUCAUCAAAAGAUGUUGGUGAAAAUUUUGCCUUUGGUCAAAGUGGUAAGUUUGAGUUCAGCUUCAGUGGAGUGAAACCAGCAAGAUCCCCUAGUGGUAGCAAGUCUCCAAGAUCUCCAGCCACAGGUCAGGAUUCUGACAGCGAACCAGAAGAUGAGGUGGAGGAAGAGGCAGACCAUUUGGUUUUCCAGCCAGUGGUUCCUCUGCCAGAUAAGGUACCAUUGACCACUGGGGAGGAGGAUGAGGUGGUCCUGUAUUCACACAGGGCUAAACUAUAUCGCUUUGCUCAGGGAGAGUGGAAAGAACGGGGUGUCGGUGACAUUAAAAUAUUACGCCACAACAAAACCCAUAAAAUCAGAUUCUUAAUGCGAAGAGAACCAAUACUCAAGAUUUGUCUGAAUCAUUUUCUCACUGCCGGGCUGGCCUUCACUGCUAAGGAUGACAAAUCUUGGCUUUGGUCUGCUCAAGACUUUUCAGAAGGACAACUGACAAAUGAACAGUUUUGUUUGCGUUUGAAAACGGCGGAAAUAGCAUCUGAAUUCAAGGCCGCUGUAGAUUCUGCACAAGGAGAGCUGGAAGCAGCUGACAGUUUGAACCCAAGCUCAACAUCUUUAGAUUCAGGAGUAGCAACAGCAAAUAAUGAGGUGGAGAUAGUGUAUGAGGCAAAAGUAUCAGAUGAACUGCGGGAGGCAGCUCUCAAACUUCAUUUACCACCAAACUUCUACAGCUAUCUCACUGCUACCCCCUGCCCAGGCUGUGUUGGUUGUCAAUCUGACACUGAGGAUGAGGAAGACUAUAAACAACAAACUACAAACUCGCCAGUCUAUAAACUCUUGCCAACAACUGUGAGCUCUUCACCAGUUAUAACUACUACAGUUUCUCAGCCUUUCACGUUUACUUUUACAACAACAACAGCUCCACCUGCAUUUGGUGUCUCCACAACCACUACAACUUCUUCAUCUUUCUUCUCUAUAUCCAAUACUAGUCAGUCAGGUUUCUCAUUUACGUUACCUACACCGUCACCUGGAUUUGGCUCUACCUCGCAAUCAGCCAACAAAGAAUCUAUUCCUCAAACUCCAAAUUUCAGUGGAUUCUCGCUUUUCAAAGAUCAGUCAAUACCUAAACCAUCAAUUGAGCCUAUGUCCAUCUUUGGAAACACUAUCAAAAGCACAGACACAUCUAAAGCUGAUUCACCUUUGUUGUUUGGAACAAUUACAUCUACACAGUCGUUUACUGCCCCCUCUUUUGAAAAUGCACAGAAUUCCACACCAUCUCUGUUUGGAGGGAUAGGCACAAAUCAAACUGCUAAAGAAAGUACAACACCUUUCUUCAGUAGUUCAUUUGACGCAAUGAAACCAACUUCCAUAUUUGAUAGGAGUAACACUCAGUCCUCUGCAAGUGUUUUUGGUACUCCCACACCAUCAGAUGACCAAACAUCAAAAGGAACAUCUUUCCUUAGCGACCUCACAUUCCAGUCUACCCAGACAUCCUUGUUUGGAGGAAGUAAAACACAGUCUCCAGCCACAAUAUUUGGAACAUCCUCUACAACAACCCAACCUUCUGUGUUUGGAAGCUUCAAAACAGAAGUAGAGAAAGCAACCAAUAGUGGUCCUGCUUUCCUGUUCAAACCCACCACUUCUUUUAGUGAUAUAGUAGCGACAAAUAAACAACCCUUCGGAACUAGUGAUAAAGCUGGAAGUAAUUUCACAUGGGCAGGUGCCGGUGCAACAGUUUUUGAUAACAAGAGAGGAGGAGAACAGGAGGAGGAUGAGAGUGGUGGUGAAGGAGGGGAAGGAGACACUACUCACGACCCUGUGUUUGAACCUAUCAUUCCCCUGCCAGAUGCAAUAGAAGUGCGUACAGGAGAAGAAGAAGAAGAAAAGGAGUUUUGCCACCGAGCCAAAUUUUACCGUUACAACACUGAAAGUAAGGAAUGGAAGGAAAGAGGUAUUGGAGAUAUGAAGAUUCUUAGACAUCGAGAAACCAACACAUAUCGUCUUCUACUCAGGAGAGAGCAGGUUCAUAAGGUGGUAUGCAAUCAAUUGAUUACUUCAGAACUGGAACUACAACCUCUGGCUGGUUCAGACAAGGCGUUCUGCUGGGCCGGUAUGAACAUGGCUGAAGAGUACGGGGAACCACAGUUGGAAAAAGUUGCUGUUCGGUUCAAACAUUCUGAGAUUGCUAAUGAGUUCAAAACUAAGCUAGAAGAAUGUGUUACCGUUGUUAAAGCACGGAAAAGUAAAACUGCACCAGAGGUCACUGAUUCAUCAGCACAACUCCUAGAGCCUGCGGUUACUAUAGAGGAAGUGACAAUAGAAUACAGUGAAGGAGACGAUGGGGACUAUGAAAGGGAGUACUCGGAAGGGGAAGACAACGAGCCAAUGUUCGAGAAACGGGCGACGUUGCACAUCCGAGACCAGGGUAACAAAUGGACCAAAGCUGGUCAAGGAGAACUCAGAAUCUACUUUGAUAAUAUCAACUUGGCAUGUGUUAACUUCAGGAUAGACGGUGGCAAGCUGAUAACUAUAAUGAUUAGCACGGAAAGCAAUGUUCAGCAACUGACAGAUAAAGAGGUCUCUUGGGAAGGUAUAGACCAGGAUUUGGAUUCAGGUGACUCACAAGAAUACAAGGCAGAGUUCUCUUCAUCUCAGGCGGCACAGGAGUUUAUAGCUAUAUUUAAUGAGGCUACGGAAUUGUCUCAGACAUUCGACUCCUCAUACGUAGAAGAGAGUGGACCUGAAGAUUAGACUGUUAGUUUAGGAUAUAGAUUUAAAUUAGUUAAGUUGUUAUAUUUUUGCUCCUUUCCAUUUUAAUGUUAAUGUAUAAGCAAUGUUUGUUAUGUACAAACUGUUUUACAUGUAUAAAAGUUAUGUUGUGACUUUGUAAUUGACUUUGUGAAAUUUAAGUGAAUUCUAUUAUUAAUUCAAUAUUUUGUGAUAAAGUUGUUUAACUAGUUUA